AAUAUGUUGUCUAUACAAACAAUCUUCCUUCACAGCCAUAGCCAGCAAACAUGAAGAAUCUCCAUUUCCUCAUUUCCCUCUUCUCUUGCUUCCUUUCUCUUGUGUUUUCCUUUUCUCCUUCUCAAUCUCAUCUCCCAAAACAAUAUUGCCUUGAUGACCAGAGAUCCUCUCUGUUGCAAUUGCAGCAUGAUCUCUACUAUGCCCCAAAAUUUACCUUCACUUCCAAAUUUGAGUUGUGGGAUCCCAACACUGAUUGUUGCUCUUGGGAAGGAGUUACCUGUGAUGAUGCCAUUGGUCAUGUCAUCGGACUUGAUCUAAGCUACAAAAACCUUUCCGGGACCUUUCACUCCAUUUUCGAUCUCCAUCAUCUUCAGCGCCUUAACCUUGCUGGAAACAACUUCAACACCACUCUGCUUUCCUAUGGGUUUGAUGAACUCCAAAAUCUAACUCAUCUCAAUCUCUCCAGCUCAUGUUUCCAUGGCCAAAUUCCAAUGGAGAUCUCAUACUUAACAAGAGAAACCAAGCUUCAAGACAUUAAUCAAGAAUUUGAGGUUUCUGAGAGAGCUUCAUUUGGAUGGUGUGGACAUUUCAACUCAUAGUGCUAAAUGGUGUGAAACCACAUCUCUAGUACUUUCCGACCUACAAGUGCUGAGCUUUGCAUACUGUGGUUUAAAAGGUCCAUUAUGUCCUUCACUCUCAAAACUUGGUUUUCUUUCCAAACUUAUCCUUGACGGAAAUCCAAUCUCUUAUGUACCUCCCAAUUUCUUGAAAAAUUCCUCUCUUUUGGUUUCUCUCAGUUUGGCAGAUUGCAGUCUGAGUGGCCAUUUUCCAACAGAAAUUCUCUUGUUGCCGAAAAUUCAAAGCAUUGACAUUUCAGAUAAUUGGGGACUUAAGGGUCAUUUGCCUGAAUUUCCAUCAAAUAGUGAUUUACGGAGUUUGUCGCUUUCUGGUACAAAUUUUAGUGGAAAACUACCUGAAUCAAUCGGU